AUGAAAUUGUUUAUCGUCUUAGCGAUUGCCACUCUGGCACAAGCCGCUAAACUUGAUCGGGUAUACCUUCCACCUAAUGCACGUGCAUCUGCGGGAUCAUCUAACUUCCUUCAGACACCUAAAAGUUUCUCCAGCAGUGGCUCUGCCCAAAAUUUUAACACUUAUUCCGGUUCAUCGGGUUCCAAUCAAAAUGCCUACUCUCGAAACGCAUACUCAGGUUUCGAAGCUCGACCUGAACGCACUCAAGCAUCUGUUGAAAGAAACGCUGCUAUUCUUCGUCAGGACAGCUCAAAUGAUGGAGAAACUUAUUCUUACGCUUACGAAACUGAGAACGGUAUCCGUGCAGAGGAAAGCGGUGUGGCUACCAAUGGUGUCCAAGCUCAAGGUGGAUUCAGUUACACAGGAGAUGAUGGCAAAGUUUAUACUGUGAGGUAUACAGCUGAUGAAAACGGUUUCGUCCCACAAGGUGAUCACCUCCCUACUUCUCCUCCUAUUCCUGAAGAAAUCCUGAAAGCUCUUGAGCAGAACGCUCGUGAUGAGGCUGCUGGCAUUUAUGAUGAUGGAACUUACGACGAGGCCAAGUUCUCUACCAACAGCCAGCAACAAUACUACAACACGAACGCGCAACCCAUCAACUACAAUAGGAAUUCAGGUGCUGUUCAGAAGACGUACCUCCCCCCUUCCGCACAGAGAAACAAUUACCAAAGGAACGGAUACUGA